AUGUUUCUUUAUAAUUAUUUAUCUAAUAUAGUAUAUUCCGAUAACAUCGAAAGAUCUCGUAAACCAACUCAACCAAUACCAUCUCCUAUACCACAACAACAACAUCAUCAUCAUCAUCAACAACAAUACUAUUAUUAUAGUAGCAGUAAGCAAAAAAAAUCAACAAAUAAUCAUCAUCAAAGUUUUUAUUACGAUUAUCAAAAAUUUCAUAAUAAAUCUUCUUUUAAUAAAUCAAAAUCUUCAACAAAAUCUUCAAAAUUCAAUAAUAAUUAUUAUUAUAAUAACAAUUAUAAAAUGCCUCCUUCAGCAUAUUCAAAUUUCCAUAAUCAUACUACUUCGGCUUAUGCUGCUGCUACAAUGAAUUCUCCAAAUAAUAAUAAUUCUUCAAAUAAAACUCCUCAAAAUAGGAGAGUAAUUGAUAGUGAACAUAGAUAUAAGAUCGUUGAUGAUAUUUGUGCUGAAUCAAAUUUAUAUAAUAUACUUGGUGUUGAAAGAACUUGUUCAACAGAAGAACUCAGAAGGGCUUAUAUUAGUAGAUCACGAAUCUGUCACCCUGAUAAAUUCCCAGAAUAUCCAAAAGCAACCGAGGCUUUUCAAAAGUUAUCUUAUUCUUAUGAAACGUUAAACAAACCGUCCUCGCGCCGUGCUUACGAUAUAUCGGGUACUAGUGAACUUGGUAACGUAAACGGUAUGGGUGACGAAACAUUACACAGCGUUUUAUAUCAAUUAUUUUUGGAAUUUAUGGAUGGUGAUUUCGAAAUGAUCCGCGCCUUAGUUAAUGCCCUAAAUGAAAAUAAUCCCGGACUUAACUUGGGAGAUGAUGCCAUUGAAACUUUGGAAAUUGCUUUCCGAAGAAUGAGAGAUUUACUUUUGGCUGGUAAAAAAUACGUUAAAAUUGUUCAAUUUGAGCUUAUUCGUUUGUACGAAUUACAACAACAAUUACGAUCACUCUCAUAUUUUGACGUAUUUGGUCGCUUGCGUUUAACCAUGCAAUUGACGAAAAUAUCACUGACUAUACCGAUGCUCAUCGAUAAUGCUAUGAAGGCAGAAUCUGAUGCAUUAGGCAAUAAAGGUACCCAUAAAGGACUAUUAGGUGAUGGCGUGUCCAAAGUUAUUUCUAGUUUAAUAACAGUUUUGGAAGCGGGUGAACAAUACGUAUAA